GGAGACCCCGUUGAGAGGACCUUGCCUCUUUAUAAAGACAAGAUACAACUCAUGCAACUGCCUUUGAAAUAAUCCACAGGAUUUCUUGCGAUAGUCUCUCCUUCACUUUGCACUUCAAAGAAGGGUUCUGCUCUGUGGCUCUAUGCGACUGCUGGUGACUGAAAAGAGGACCCACAUGAACUGGAAUUAGUUUGGUCAUUCAUUCGGAGUCAGACCAUUUUAAGCGUUGUAACCAAGCGGACUGAGGACCGGAGACUUGCCUUGCAUGACACAGGAUUACUUUGUUUCUGGAUAGGACUGUUUCUAGUUUCAGGGUCAAUCCAAUACCCGGGUGCUUGCUGCGCUUCUCUCCAUCGACACCGCGCACCUUCCCUGGUAAACUCGUUCAUCGCUGCCUUUCCGCGCAGCUCGUGUUGCAGGUGCGGAGACACAGAGCGCUUGGACAGAUGGCUGCGCUGACGAUACAACGGAAUGACAACUUUCUACACACCUUUUUACAGGACCGGACCCCCAGCUCGUCCCCAGAGGGAGCCCCCAACGCCCUGUCCUUCCUGGCCACCACCUGUAGCCAGGCCUGGCAGGUGGGUGGCACGGUGGGCUCUGAGAGCUCCCAGUUCCCCUAUGAGGGGGCGGUGGGGGUGAGCUCAGCCUCCGGGAUGUUCCAGCUCUGGAGCAACGAGGUGGCGGUGGCCCCUAGUUCUAGUCUCAGCGCCUCUAGUCUCACUGCAGCCGCACAUCAGAUGACAUUCGCGGUGCCCAAGGUCCAGUUCCCUGUUGGCCCUGGACAGAGUCUGCCUUCUGGCCUGGGUCCUCACCCCCACGCGCUCUACCAUCACCACCACCAUCACCACCACCACCACGAGCUGCCCCUGACUCCGCCGGCCGAGCCGCCCUCCGCCUACUCUUUCGAGCUCUCCCCCGUCAAGGUCCUCUCAUCCCAGAGCCAGGGUCCCAAUGGGCCGCAGUACUACCCCCAGCAUAAUGGCGUCUCUGUGGGACAAAACUUCCCCGGCUUCUUUCAGAACUCUGUAUCCUCCGCCAGGCACCAUCUAUCCGGCGGACAACACCAUGUAGGGGAGGAGGGCCAGCAGGGCUGGUGGAGCCUCCCCCAGACCACUGGCCACGGAAGCCCCACCAACCACCACCCCUUUUCCCUGGGCCGGCAGCUGGUCCUGGGCCACCAGCCCCAAAUCGCAGCCCUCCUACAGGGCACCUCCAAGGGCCUGUUAUCCUCCACACGCCGCUGCCGUCGCUGUAAGUGCCCCAACUGCCAGGCCAACGGCGGGGGACUCGAGUUUGGCAAGAAACGACUGCACAUCUGUCAUAUCCCAGAGUGCGGCAAGGUGUACAAGAAGACGUCUCACCUGAAGGCCCACCUGCGCUGGCAUGCCGGGGAGAGGCCGUUCAUCUGCAACUGGCUGUUCUGCGGGAAGAGCUUCACACGCUCCGACGAGCUACAGCGCCACCUCAGAACACACACCGGGGAGAAGAGGUUCGGAUGCCAGCAGUGCGGGAAGAGGUUCAUGAGGAGCGACCACCUCUCCAAACACGUCAAGACUCACCAGAGUAGGAAGAGCCGGUCUGGUGGGAACACGUCGGACUCUCUGUUGGCCAAUAUCAAGAGAGAGUAGAACAGACUAGAGGGGGGGAUUCAAUAGACUCUAUAUAGAGCCAAGAGACUGCAAUAUGUGAUGAUACUGUAACUGCCACAGAUCCUCCGAGGGAGAGUGGUGCGGACCACAAGGACAACCUAUAGACUAUUAACCUCUGUAGUCGUGACCAUUUUCAGCCCGUCAACAAAACGCUUUUGAGAGGUAUUUCACAACAAGGGAAGCAAAUCGAGUGGCAAGGUUCAGGAUUGUGAUAUGGACACAGAGCCUUCACUGGGCAUUUCUAGGUGUCGCACAAAAAAGGAUCUCCCAUAGCAAGGGGGUAGCCACUCUUUACCUUUGAUGGUGACAUUAUAACCUGGUUCCCACAUUAAUCAGCUGUCAAUGUCCACGGUCAAAUCAAAUCAAAGUUUUGGUUGGUCACGUGCACACGGUACAGUGAAAUGCUUGCUUGCUAACUCAACAAUGCAGUACCAUAAUAUCAAUCAAGAAUCAAAUGCCAACUACAAAAGUCCAAAAAUAAGAAGUAGUAAUAAAAAGUCCAAAAAUAACAUAAAAACCAGUGUGUAUGUACAUAAUUGAAUAUACAGUAUGAUCGAUUUUUUUUUUCAAAACGAAGACUGUUUUUAAGUAGUAAAGUGGAUAGCAGCUUGAAUAGAUAGUCAUAAUAAGAAUUCCGAGGUCUUCAUUUUAUUUUUGAUUUAAUUUGUCAUAUUGAAAUAUAAAUCAUUCAGCAAAUUUAUGUAACAUGCAAGUGAUCCACUUUCUGCACGUUUCAUCUUUUAGAAUCUGGAAUUCAGAAACAUUUUUGAUAAUGGAAUGUGAAUUACAUGAGGAAGAAAAUGUAUCUGAAUGAAGUAUACCACAUAUAGGUUGAUUUUAAGACAUUUGCUGUUUGGCCAAAUGUAUAUAUUGAUCUGACGGUUGAUUGUGGGAUCAGUGUUAUAAUGUUUUAUUCAUGGAUAUAUAAACCCCUAUCUCAGUUUCAUCUGUUGCUGAAAUUGAUUCUUGUUAUUUAAUCAGAAUGUGAAUUGCCAUUCCUAUGUGUACAAACCACAAUUUGUUGGAAGACUUUGUAAAUAAUGUAUCACUUUCACAGACAACUUCAUUGAAGUUAAGACUGCAUGUACAUUUUAAUAAAUGGGAAUUCCUUGCUAAAGCA